AUAUUUCUUGGAGCUGAAGCAGCAGGGUGCGAGCCUUCUGCCCCUUUCCGCCUACAAAUUAAAUCGCCAAAGAAACCCUAGCCAUCGAUCUAGUGAAGAUUUGAGAGAAACGCCAUGAGUCGAGGAACUGGAGCUGGCUACGAUCGCCACAUCACUAUUUUCUCUCCUGAAGGCCGUCUCUACCAAGUCGAAUACGCGUUUAAGGCUGUUAAGGCGUCCGGUAUCACGUCAAUUGGAGUUCGUGGAAAGGAUUCGGUGUGCGUUGUCACCCAGAAGAAGGUUCCUGUGAGUGUUUCUCAUUUGCUUUUCAUCAUCUUGUGGGUGCGGAAUGCUUCUCGUGUUUCUUUAUGUAACCUAGUAUUUCUCGUGGGAAUAUCGAUGCAGGAUAAGCUAUUGGACCAGACCAGUGUCACGCAUCUCUUUCCCAUCACAAAUUACCUUGGACUCUUAGCCACAGGGAUGACAGCUGAUGCAAGGUCCUUGGUCCAACAAGCAAGAAAUGAAGCAGCAGAAUUUCGUUUUAAAUGGGGAUAUGAGAUGCCUGUAGAUGUAUUUUCCAAAUGGGUUGCAGAUAAAUCACAGAUAUAUACCCAGCAUGCCUACAUGAGGCCUCUUGGAAUAGUUGCAAUGAUCUUGGGUAUUGAUGAGGAGAAGGGACCCCAACUCUUCAAAUGUGAUCCAGCUGGCCAUUUCUUUGGGCACAAGGCGACAAGUGCUGGCCUGAAAGAACAAGAAGCAAUCAACUUCCUGGAAAAGAAAAUGAAGAAUGAUCCUGCAUUCUCAUACGAGGAAACUGUGCAGACUGCGAUAUCUGCACUGCAAUCGGUUCUGCAAGAGGAUUUCAAAGCUACAGAGAUAGAGGUGGGAGUUGUGAAAGCAGAGGAUCCAGCAUUCAGAGUGUUAUCGACAGAGGAGAUAGACGAACAUCUAACAGCAAUCAGUGAACGUGAUUAGCGGAGGUCCAUUUCAACAGCUUGACUCAGUUUCAGAUUUCAGACUCUAUGUUUUAAACUUGUGUCAGAAUAUCUAUUGUGUCACUAUAUCUAUAAUGAAUUGGUUUUUCCACCGCCAAAUUUCCAAUGUAAUAUUGAGUUUCGUGCUGUCAAAUGGCUAUUGUCACAAUUUCAAAACCCCUUGAUCUUGGAUCAUGGCAUUCCCGGUGGAUUUGACAAUAAAUCUUUACAUCUCUCAGAACGUUUAUGCUGUCUUCAAGAAAUGGAAAUUUUAGUAUCAUCGAGCUUUUUAA